AUGCCCAUUUCGGCAUUAGAAUCUCAGGGAAUUAAUGCCGCUACAGUGAAAAAGUUGCAAGAAGCCGGAUAUCAUACAGUCGAAUCUGUUGCUUUUGAGACCAUGAAGAAGCUCGUGGAGGUAAAAGGAAUCAGUGAAGUGAACGCCCAAAAAUUGCAGGCAGCUGCAAGCAAGCUGAUUCCUAUGGGUUUUACAACUGCUACCGAAUACAGUAAACUGCGUGAAGAUAUUGUACACAUUUCUACAGGAUGUAAGGAGCUAGAUCGAAUUCUUGGAGGCGGUAUGGAAACGGGCUCCAUCACAGAGCUCUACGGAGAGUUUCGUACGGGCAAAACGCAGAUGUGUCAUACAUUAUGCGUGAUCUGUCAACUCCCAAUCUCCCAAGGAGGAGGCGAGGGAAAGGCCCUCUACAUCGAUACAGAGAAUACCUUCCGGCCCGAACGUCUGAUCCAGAUCAGCAAACGGUUCGGUCUCAAUCCCGAUGAUGUGUUGGACAACGUGACCUAUGCGCGAGCGUACAAUAGCGAGCACCAGCAGCAGCUCUUGAUCCAGGCGGCUGCUCUCAUGGCUGAAUCGCGAUAUGCACUGGUGAUCGUGGAUUCAGCCACGGCUCUGUUUCGCACUGAUUACACCGGGCGUGGCGAACUCUCAACAAGGCAGCAAAGCUUGGCGCAGUUUCUGCGUGGUCUCCAGAAAUUGGCCGAUGAAUUCGGUGUGGCCGUGGUGAUUACAAAUCAAGUUGUGGCUAAUCCGGACAGUGGAGUGUUUGCGAAAGACCCGCUGAAACCGAUAGGAGGGAAUAUUAUUGCUCAUGCCAGUCAAACUCGACUUCGAUUUAAGAAGGGGAGAGGAACGACGCGGAUUUGUAAGGUCGUGGACUCUCCUUGCUUGGGAGAAGAGGAGGCAUCGUUUGGAAUCAGUGAUGAAGGGAUUGUGGAAGCAACGGAGUAG